AAUGCAUCCUGCGUGAGUGCAACGCAACCACUAGCUGCUCUCGCAAAUUAAGCCAUGGACAUCUCGCUUGCUUCACUUGUCCUCGUCCUCCUCGCCUUCGUCCUGCCACUCCUCUACCUCCUCCUCCAACUUCCCGGCAAGAAGUCCGGUGGCGGCGGCGGCGAUGGGCCGAGGUUGCCGCCGUCGCCGGCCGGGUGCCUCCCGCUGCUCGGCCACCUCCACCAGCUGGGCCCCCUGCCGCACGUGGCGCUCCGGUCCAUGGCCGCGGCGCACGGGCCCGUCCUGCGGCUCCGGCUCGGCCGCGUGCCGACGGUGGUCGUGUCGUCGGCCGCCGCCGCCGAGGAGGUGCUGCGCGCGCGCGACGCGGCGUUCUCGAGCCGCCCUAGGAGCGCCAUGGCGGAGCGCAUCCUGUACGGCCGGGACAUCGCGUUCGCGCCCUACGGCGAGUACUGGCGCCAGGCGCGACGCGUGUGCGUCGUCCACCUCCUCAGCGCGCAGCGCGUCUCCUCCUUCCGCCGCGUCCGGGAGGAGGAGGCCGCCGCGCUGGCCGACGCCGUCCGCGCCGCCGGACGGGGAGGAGGGCGCGCCUUCGACCUGAGCGGGCUCAUCGUCGCCUACGCCAGCGCCGUCGUCUCCCGCGCCGCGUUCGGCGACGAGAGCGCGCGCGGCAUGUACGGCGGCGCCGACGGCGGGCGCGCGGUGAGGAAGGCGUUCUCCGACUUCUCGCAUCUGUUCGGGACGAAGCCUGUGAGUGACUACCUGCCAUGGCUCGGGUGGGUGGACACCUUGAGGGGGCGGGAACGGAAGGCGCGGCGCACGUUCGAGGCGCUCGACGGCGUCCUCGACAAGGUGAUCGAUGACCACCGCCGCCGCCGUGAUAGCGGCCGGCGGCAAACGGGCGACGCCGACGCCGGUCACCGGGAUUUCGUGGACGUGUUACUCGACGUGAACGAGAUGGACAACGAAGCUGGCAUUCAUCUCGACGCGAUCGAAAUCAAAGCCAUCAUCAUGGACAUGUUCGUGGCGGGGUCGGACGCGACGAGCAAGCCGAUGGAGUGGGCCAUGGCGGAGCUCGUCUCGCACCCGCGCCACAUGCGCAGGCUGCAGGACGAGAUUCGGGCGGUGGUCGGCGGCGGGCGCGUCACGGAGGACCACGUCGACAAGCUGCCGUACCUGAGGGCCGCGCUGAAGGAGGCGCUCCGGCUGCACGCGCCGCUGCCGCUGCUCGUGGCGCGGGAGACGGUGGCGGACACCGAGAUCAUGGGGUACCACGUCGCCGCGCGCACGCGGGUGGUGAUCAACGGGUGGGCCAUCGGCCGCGACACGGCGGUGUGGGGGGAGACCGCCGAGGAGUUCAUGCCGGAGAGGUUCUUGGCCGGCGGCAAUGGAGGCGGCGCCGCCGCGGCGGACUACAAGGUGCAGGGCUUCGAGAUGCUGCCGUUCGGUGGUGGGAGGAGGGGGUGCCCGGGUGUCACGUUCGGCAUGGCCACCGUGGAGAUGGCCGUGGCGAGCUUGCUGUACCAUUUCGACUGGGAGGCGGCGGCGGCCGACGGGAAGGGUGGGCGGGAGGGGACGCCAUUGCUGGACAUGAGCGAGACCAGUGGGAUCUCCAUGGGGCUCAAGCAUGGCCUGCCUCUUGUCGCUAAACCACGCUUUCCUUAACCCUUCUUGUUCUUAGAAAUAAAGCUUUCCUUCACCCUCUCUCGUUGUAAUUUUGUUUCUUUUUUUCUUAAAACCGCAGCAGAACUGCGUUUCAUUUCAUUAAGGUAAAGAAAAGAAAAAUAUUUACAAAGUA